ACGAGAAAAUCGAACUUCAUCGACACAACUUUCGACAUCCGAGUCAAUCAGUCACGAUGCCGUCCCAGAAGUCUUUCCGCACCAAGCAGAAGCUUGCAAAGGCUCAGAAGCAGAACCGCCCCAUCCCCCAGUGGAUUCGCCUGAGGACAAACAACACCAUCAGGUACAACGCCAAGAGGAGGCACUGGCGCAAGACCCGCCUCGGUAUCUAGACGACUCGUCUACGGGCCCUCAUUUUCGAUACUCGAUUCCAGCAUUCAAGUACACUGCGUACACGACAAACAUCUCUACGAGCGCACACACGGCAAUCGGUUUCGAAUCGCAAUGACGGGAACAGUCUUCCAAGCCAGGCUCAAUAUGUCCUUCUUCAUGAAUGGUAUGAGUAUCUGCGAAUACUCUGGCGCUACUGCGGGAAUGAGAAAUCGAAUCAUGAUGGGUUUAGACUAGGCAGUGGUAUCAGAUACGAAUACACUUGCUGGUCACAAUGAACAUGAUGUGCGUAUGGCAGUGUGCUAAUUCCAGUUUGGAC